AUGUCUACUCCUUCAGAGCCUACGAGGAAGAAAUCGGAACCUUCUAUCCCAGAGGAUGACUCUGCCAGCCAAUUCUUAUCCACGACGUCGACAACAGAUUCUACGGACGCCAACAGCUACAUGGAGCCUCUUACACCUGGCUACCUUUCUUCUGCGCCUGGAAGUCCUCCCCUACUCUCGAGGAACAACUCGUCUUACUUCUCUAGAGACGACAUGAUAGACGAGACCCCUCCUGACAGGCUCACCAUUUUCGACGUCUUUGACAAUCUCGCCCUACCUAAUAGACUCGAAAAGUGGCAGUUGGCCCUCAGUGCUCAGAAAGAUCGACUAGCAAAGCAGCAGCAGAAGAUAAGAUCGCAAGGAACGAGUGCGCGCGACAAGGCGGUAGCAGAAUGGCGCAAGAGAGUACCUACUGCCGACGAACGGUUGGCAAAAUAUCGAAGGCGCAUGAAAACAUCUCUGGACAACGUCAACAAGCGCUGGACCGAGACCGUCACAAUCACCACUCGCGAGAAGAUCUCCUUCAUGUCCGCUGUCUUCAAUAUCUUUAUCAGUGGCUACUUGAUUGGUGUUAUGCCUCAGCGCUUCUACUGGUGGUUCACUAUACAAUUUGCCUACUUUAUGCCUAUCCGCUUCUACACCUAUCACCGCAAAGGCUACCACUAUUUCUUAGCCGACCUGUGCUAUUUCGUCAAUGCUCUGUGCCUUCUGACCAUAUGGGCAUUUCCUAGGUCGAAACGCUUGUUCAUCAGCACUUACUGCCUCACCUAUGGCAACAACGCAGUCGCUAUUGUCAUGUGGCGAAACAGCUUGGUCUUUCACAGUUUUGACAAGGUCACAUCUCUCUUCAUUCACCUCAUGCCGCCUGUUGUCUUGCAUUGUCUGGUUCACCUGACACCGCCGGAUCUCCUCCACGAUCGGUUCCCAGCGAUCUUUAACAUCAAAUAUUCUCCACCAGGCUCCCCCGAGCACUAUUCGCUAUUGGCCAUGCUCACCUGGGCUACCCUUCCCUACGCUCUGUGGCAAUUGUCAUAUCACUUCUUGAUCACUGUUAGGCGCAGAGACCAAAUCGCUGCUGGUCGUCCAACCUCCUUCACAUGGCUUCGUAAAUCAUACGCGAAAACCUGGAUUGGCAAAAUCGUCCUUGCGCUGCCCGAUGCGCUCCAGGAACCAGCCUUCAUGUUCAUUCAGUAUUCAUACGCCUGUCUCACCAUCAUUCCUUGCCCGAUAUGGUUCUGGUAUCGUUGGGCAAGUGCCGGCUUCCUCCUUUUUGUCUUUGGCUGGAGCGUCUGGAACGGCGCCAACUACUACAUGGAUGUUUUUGGAAAGAAAUUUCAGAAAGAGCUUGAGCAGAUGAAGAAAGAAAUGGCACGCAUGCAGAACUCACCAGGCAUGACGCCCGCUGCUGAUCCUAUUGUCGACAAAGAAGGCGAGAAGGACGUUGACAAGAUCCCUAUGCUGGACGAAGAAAAGAAGAAAAAGGAAGGUAUCAUCAAGGAUGAGAAGAAUGGACCGCCAGCCGAUGAUCACCCGGCAGACACAGCAGGUGCAAUAAUGGAGAGUGUCGAAAAAUUGCUGGAUUCCACAUAA